UCCUGGAGUUUGGGUGGUGUUUUAUUGGACUUCAUGUCAGAUCAGUGUUGAGGAUUUUGAUGAGUGUGAGAAGCUGCUGGAGGUUUAUUAUCUGAAAGUGAAACAUAAUUGCGACUAAUUGGAGAGAGAGAGAAAGAGAGUUUCCUGCAGAUGGAGGUGAAGUGAGAGAGUGAGAGUGAGGAUGCGUUGUGGUUUUGUGUCUCAUCUCCCAGAAACCCGCAGCUGGAAUGAUUUACUGACCGACUGCACGCGCGUCUUUUAUUCAUUUUUCUUUUUUUAUUUAUUUAUAUAUAUAUUUUUUAUUAGUCGGUAUUUUUAAUGAUAAACAACAUUCAGGAAAUACAGGAGUUUAUUUGUCAAGCAGCUGUGGACUCGAGCUGUGCUGUUCCAGGCUUCAGAGCACCAUGCAGAGAUAACCUUCCCAUCCUGAUGGAGAAACAUCUCCUCCGUCCUGGUCGGAGCGCGCACACACUCACCCAUCUGACCUGCCUGUCCUUGUGGAGGGUCUUAAGAUCCUGCUGGAGAUUCUCCAGGUCCAGGAGAGCUUUACUCCUUGCCUUCGCCUGUUUGCUCUACCUCUUCUGCUUGGAGUUGUGGAUCAGCCAUGGAAAUCAUGACCAAAACCUGACCCAGGGCAGAAGAUGGAUUUUGGAAAGCAUUCCAGGAUCUCCUUCUCCAACGCUCUCCAACGUCAUCUAUAUCACCCUCAAGUCCAUAAGACACAAACCUGCCAUCCUGAGAGCAACACUGCGCCCUAAAUCACGCAGGAAGAAGGUGAGGAACAUGGAGAACCAAAGCCAAGAUGCAACCCACCAUUAUGGUGAGGAAAUGCUGAAGCGUGCUGAAGCUAGAGACUCGUGGACGCGGGUUCUCCGUUCGUUUUAUAAACCAGGACAGCUAGCUGCUGCUGAUAAUGAUGAUGUCAGCUCCAUCCGUAUCUACAGCCAAAAAUCUCCACCGUGGUUCAGCCGAGCUGAUAUAGAAACCAUGCACUUCCUCUCCAAGUGUAAAAUCAGCCAUGUGGAAGUUUUCAAACCGGAGAACGCUCCUCCUGCGGUCCUGUUUAAGAGUGUGAGCAGAUUUAAUCAGAGCUUGGACCAUGCGGGAGACUGUGAUGGACGAUGUGGGGUCAUUAAGAGACCUGAGGACAUGAGUGAAGUGUUCGCUUUCCACCUGGACCGAGUUUUAGGCCUCAAUCGGAGUUUAGUGACCAUCAGCAGGAGGUUCCACACUCCAAGUGGUCAGCUGUGUCCGGUGACCCUGUAUGACCCGUCUGUUGUUCCGGUACCCGGGUCGAGCUCAGGUUCUCUGAGAUGGCGCUCGUAUCAGACGUCGUUACAGUACAGGUGCUGGCAGCACGGCGUCCCGAAACCUGAGUGGCGCUGCAGCAGCCUCCAUCAUCACGAGUGGAGCAAAGUGACGCUGUUUGACUUCCUGCUGCAGAAUCACCAGCGCCUCGACAGGAACUGCUGUGGUUUCAGGCCACGCCCACAAGACAGCUGUGUCCAGCUUGGCUAUCACAGAGAGUGCAGUAAUGUGGACAACCUCGAGCUUUCACACAUUGUCCAUCGCAAGAGUGACCCGAGACGGCUCGUCUAUGUCAACAACGCUGCCUUCUUCGACCGGGGCGAAGAAAACCUCGACUUUAAACUGCUCGAGGGAAUCAAAGAACUCCCUGAUGUAACAGUGAGUGUGUUGCGCUCUCAGCGUCUCAGGCAGAACCUCCUGCAGUCCCUGUUUGUGGAUGAACAGUUCUGGGAGAAUCAGGGAGGACGCCGAGGCAUCGAGAAGCUCAUCGACGUUAUCGAGAGACGAGCGAGAGUCUUACUGCGCUACAUCAACGCUCACGGCAUCAAAGUCGUCGCCAUGAACUCAUAAAAAAAAACACAGGACGUGUUUUCAGUACUUAAUUUAUUAUUUGUCAUUAAAGUUUAGUAAUGACGGCAGUAUAGAGGUCCAGUUACGUCGUCAUGUUCCUGAACGCUUCAUGUCAUCAUCGUUGAUUACAUCAUCGUUGUUCCAUUGUAACAAUUUCAUGUCCUUUUAUAAAGAAAUGUUUACAUUUUUGGCCAAAAAUAAAU